AGAGCCAGUUGAUAACCGGCAGCAGAGACGAUAGGUUGUUGUUUUGUUCAUCUCUCUUCGUAAUCUUUGUCAGUCGUUGUGUAUUGUAACCUUGUUUUUGCGACUGUCGGAGCGGCAGACCCUUUCCUGUUUUGCAGCUCCUGUCCUUUCACUGAAAUCGUGAAGAAAAUUUGAAAAAAAUGGAUGUUACCCAACUGGAACAGAAAUUGAAAGAACAUGGACAAGAACAUCUUCUCCAGUUUUGGCCGAGUUUGUCUGAAGAGGAGCGAAGCCGAUUGCUCCAUGAACUCAACGACAUCAACAUGCCGGAGGUCAUUGAAUUCUUUCGCCACACGAUAGCAUCGGCAAACGACGAGGAAGAAAAACUGGACGAACAUUUGCAGCCGAUUCCACCUGAAUUGCACGGUGCAAUUACCCGGACCAGCCCCGAACUGUUAAGGCAUUACGAACACCUUGCCAUGGAACAGAUUGGCCAAGGUCGCGUUGCUGCUCUGCUCCUAGCCGGUGGACAGGGGACACGUUUAGGUGUCGAUUACCCAAAAGGGAUGUUCAAUGUCGGCUGUCCUUCCGGGAAAACGCUCUAUCAGUUGCAAGCGGAAAGAUUGGUACGACUCCAGCAAUUAACGGAAGAAAGGACUGGGCUAAAAGGAGCCAUCCCUUGGUACAUCAUGACAAGUGAACACACGAAAGAGCCGACGCAGGAAUUUUUCCGCCGCCACGAUUUUUUCGGACUCAAGGAGGAAAACCUGGUGGUUUUCGAACAGGGAAUGCUGCCUUGCUUCUCUCUGGAUGGCAAAAUCAUAUUGGAAACCAAGUCGCACGUCGCCAAAGCCCCUGAUGGUAACGGAGGGCUAUACAGAGCCUUGCGUGAUCGCCGAAUCCUCGAUGACAUGGAGAGGCGACAAAUCCAAUACAUCCAUGUUUACUGUGUCGACAACAUUUUGGUCAAGAUGGCCGAUCCACAUUUCAUGGGAUUCUGUUUGAGCAAAGGCGCCGAUUGUGCUGCUAAAGUGGUGGAGAAAGCAUUUCCUACUGAGGCCGUGGGGGUUGUAUGCAAAGUCCAUGGACAUUAUCAAGUGGUAGAGUACAGUGAAAUCACAUUGCCGACGGCCCAGAAGCGAAACGCUGAUGGAAGACUUACAUUCAGUGCUGGAAAUAUUUGCAAUCAUUUCUUCACGACGCAGUUCCUUCGCAAAGUGAUCAGUGGUCAAGAAGGAAUGUUGCAACAUCACAUUGCCAAAAAGAAGAUUUCACACGUCGACUCGACCGGCAAAAUUUGCAAACCAGACAAACCCAACGGAAUCAAAAUGGAAAAAUUCGUUUUCGACGUCUUCCAAUUCGCAAAGAAUUUCGUCGUUUGGGAGGUAUUACGCGAGGAUGAGUUUAGUCCUCUCAAGAACGGCGAUCAGAGUGGCGACAAGGACACACCGACCACGGCCCGCUUAGCCCUAUACUCGCUCCAUCAACGCCAAGUUUUAGCCGCCGGUGGCGUUUUCGUCGAUGACGAAGGCAUUCGAUUGCCGCUGAUUCCCAGCGCACCCACUGUCGCAGGCCCCGAAGCGAUCUCGAAAAAUGAGACGAACAACAAUGAAAUCCAAAAGACAUGUUCGAGACGGGAAGAACCUCUGAUUUGCGAGAUAUCACCGCUGGUCUCGUAUGCUGGAGAGGGGUUGGAGGAGUUGGUUAAGGGCAAGAAAUUCCGGCCGCCGCUGCUCCUAUCCAGUCCGUCUGAAUCCAACGGCGUUAUUGGAAAUUGAUUUCGUUGAAUAGAAUCGGAUUCAACUUGCGUCCAUGAACGUCAUGCUUGACACCACAGAUUUCCUCCUUGAUUGCAAUCAAGUUUCAUUUACUGCACAGAACUAACCAAUUGACUUACUUCAACAAGAUUCGCCUUAGCAACCAGACGGGGACCAAUCCAUUAUUUCAUAAUCGGUUUUCACAAAUUUAGCAAGUUCUUCGUUAAAAACAAAAAAAGGCAAAAGCACUUUACACAUCGUACACUCCCUGUCGAUUUCGGUUUUACUUGUAUGGAUGUCAUAAAGAAAGCAUGAAAAAAAAUUAUAUAAUUAAAAAAUCGAAAAACCUA